UUAGAAUCUGGGUGUUGGUAUGUAAAUAAAUAUUGAAUGUGACUCGCCUAUUCAGUAUUUUCUGAAAUUUUCUGCCAUUUUCUUCUGGCGCAGUUAGAAAUGAAUAGAGCCGUGUUUUACAUCGCUCCAAUCAUUUCUCUGAAUGGCGCAUAUGUGCCAUUUUCUAUAAAUUAUUCGCCACUGGGAGAUGUACAAUGCUGAACACGUAAUUGUUGUGUACUAAGCUAAGUGGAAAUGUGAUGCAAUACUUCAGUGCAAGUUGCCUUAUAAAAAUGAUGCCAUUUAAUGCAGGUGUAACACUUCUAAAACAGUUUUGCGCCCAUCCUCACACUACCUCCCCAUUUCUCCUUUUGCCUUCCCUUCACACUCCCGUCCAGGUGCUGAAAGGCAUUUUAUAAUAGUUCCUGUAACUUGAACUGCCGUUUGUCUCUUCGUUGGGGUGGGCUACCCAGAGUAAAAUGGUCUCUUUAGCCUCUGGCGAAUGGACCUUUGCUCAUUUGCGCAGGAGCCAAGGGUCCUCGCACUCACGCAGAGCGUGGUAGCAUCCCAAAGAAAACAAACGCUACAUAGUUUUAAAGCCUACGUAGAGCCCCUUAAGGACGCUAUCAGACGGGGCUCAGCAAGCGGAGAACCAAGAGUGACCAGGCUAAAAUCCGUCAUCCUGGGUUUCACUGGGAUCUAGAGGCCCAGAAACACAGGAGUGGAGAAGAUAUGGGGAAAUCGCAGGCGGAGAUUUGAUGACGGUAUACGUUGGCCGGCGCCACGCCAGUUUCUUCUGCUCAGUGUCCGGUUACUUCCGAGCCUGGUCAGGUUAGUGCUUCUGGCCCACAGGUGGUGGUGGCGGCGGAAGUGACGUACGCGCAGUGCCCGGCGUUAGAAAGAAAGAUGGCGGCGCUGGCGCUGGACCAGGGGGAAGGGCAGGGACGACGGGGGCCACAGCCACCUCAGCAACCAGUGCACAGGCUCCCCCCACGCUGGCCUCCUCGAAGUGCUCCGGCCCCGUCCUGGAGGGAGGAUCCCCUCUAAAGGUGAGAGGAAGAAGAGGAGGAGGAGGAGGAGGAGGGUUCAGUCUUCAUGGCCUAUACAGCCUUGGGUCUUCCCUCUUCAACCAAAUACGGGGACGCCGAUUAAUACCAAUGGCGGAGGUGCUUUUCCUGAUGCAGACGCCAGUCCACUCGUAACUGGACCGAGACCACCAAGGUGAUUCAUGGCAGGGGACGUGGAAGGGUUUAGUUCCUCCAUCCAUGACACCAGUGUCUCUGCUGGGUUCAGAGCACUGUAUGAGGAGGGAUUGCUUCUUGAUGUCACACUUGUCAUUGAAGAUCACCAAUUCCAGGCCCAUAAAGCACUCCUUGCCACCCAGAGUGACUACUUCAGGAUAAUGUUCACAGCUGACAUGAGGGAGCGAGAUCAGGACAAAAUUCAUUUGAAAGGUCUGACUGCUACAGGCUUCAGCCAUGUCCUACAAUUCAUGUACUAUGGAACUAUAGAACUGAGUAUGAAUACUGUUCAUGAAAUCCUGCAGGCUGCCAUGUAUGUUCAACUUAUAGAAGUGGUGAAGUUCUGCUGCUCUUUUCUCUUAGCCAAAAUCUGCUUAGAAAAUUGUGCAGAAAUUAUGAGACUCUUAGAUGAUUUUGGUGUAAACAUCGAGGGAGUCAGGGAGAAGUUGGACUCCUUUCUGCUAGAGAACUUUGUGCCACUAAUGUCAAGACCUGACUUCCUGUCCUAUCUGAGCUUUGAAAAGCUUAUGUCUUAUUUGGAUAAUGACCGUCUGAGCAGGUUCCCAGAGAUAGAACUGUACGAGGCUGUUCAGUCUUGGCUGCGGCAUGAUAGAAGACGCUGGAGACAUACCGAUACUAUCAUUCAGAACAUCAGGUUUUGUUUGAUGACCCCAUCCAGUGUUUUUGAGAAGGUUAAGACAUCAGAGUUUUAUAGAUACUCUCGGCAGCUACGACAUGAAGUUGAGCAAGCACUGAAUUACUUUCAUAGUGUUCACCAGCAGCCUUUGAUGGAAAUGAAAUCCAGCCGCAUCCGUUCUGCCAAACCCCAGACUGCAGUAUUCAGAGGAAUGAUAGGACAUAGCAUGGUAAAUAGUAAAAUUCUUCUUUUACACAAACCACGGGUCUGGUGGGAGCUAGAAGGUCCACAAGUACCUCUACGACCAGACUGCCUUGCCAUUGUGAAUAACUUUGUGUUCUUGUUAGGCGGGGAAGAACUGGGGCCAGAUGGUGAAUUCCAUGCUUCUUCCAAAGUGUUCAGGUAUGACCCAAGACAAAAUACUUGGCUGAGAAUGGCAGAUAUGUCUGUACCACGUUCAGAAUUUGCAGUUGGUGUUAUUGGUAGGUACAUUUAUGCUGUGGCUGGAAGAACAAGAGAUGAAACAUUUUAUUCAACCGAGCGUUAUGAUAUCACUGAAGACAAAUGGGAAUUUGUGGAUCCUUAUCCAGUCAAUAAAUAUGGACAUGAGGGGACAGUGCUUAGUAACAAGUUGUUUAUCACUGGUGGAAUUACCUCAUCAUCCACUUCAAAACAAGUGUGUGUUUUUGAUCCUAGUAAAGAAGGGACAAUGGAACAACGAACAAGAAGAACUCAAGUAGCUACUAAUUGUUGGGAGAAUAAGUGCAAAAUGAAUUAUGCGAGAUGCUUUCACAAAAUGAUUUCUUACAAUGGUAAGCUUUAUGUGUUUGGUGGUGUCUGUGUCAUCUUAAGGGCCUCUUUUGAGUCACAAGGAUGCCCUUCCACAGAAGUUUAUGAUCCAGACACUGAUCAGUGGACUAUCUUGGCAUCAAUGCCAAUUGGUAGAAGUGGUCAUGGUGUAGCUAUAUUGGACAAACAAAUAAUGGUUCUUGGAGGCCUUUGUUAUAAUGGUCAUUACAGUGAUUCUAUUCUCACAUUUGAUCCGGAAGAAAAUAAAUGGAAAGAAGAUGAAUUCCCACGGAUGCCCUGUAAACUUGAUGGUUUACAAGUUUGCAGUCUGCAUUUUCCUGAAUAUGUAUUAGAGCAUGUUAGACAUUGCUAAAAUGUACAUCUCCCUUAAAAGAAAGAAAGCAAAGCGUAGUAUUUAAGGCUCUUAAGUACUUGUUGGUGUUAUAGUUACUGAAUGCAUAAAGAGAAACAGGGAAUGCACCUCACCAGUUUUACACUAACAAUGCCAUUGUUAUGGUAAUGUGAAGUUUUCUUUUCUCCUUGCCUUUCCCCCACCCUUUCCGUGGCCUCCUGAGCUCAUGCAGUAAAUACAUUCUAGAAAAUAGCAAUUACACUUAUAGCCUCUGGAAACAGUUGAAUAGAAUGAUUCACUUGUUUGAAAAGUUGAUUUUAUACCUUAAUCAUUUUAAAGUGUCAAGGUAGCAUUUGUUAAGUCUUCCAGAAGAAGACCUUCAAAUGUCAUUCAAAGUUGAUUUCAGUUAUUUCUUCUAUCUAAAAUCUUCUGGAUUGCUUAUUAUGUCAAUAUUUCACUUUUGGUUUUGUCAUACAAACAGCUUAAAACUACUUUUUGCAUGGCUUUUGUAUAUAUAGUAGUCUGCUGAAAAUGCAAAAAUAUAAAUUUUCUACUAAAUUAACAACUUUUUUAUACUCAGAACACUAUUUCUAUGCUGCCUUCUAUUGUCUGCAUUGUGUUUGUAAGUGAAAAAAAUAUAUGCACAUGUGAAUACAUAAUAAAAUCUAUAUACAGUGCAUCUUUUUUGUGUGGUUAGGAUCUUACAUUUUUAAUUAGUGCACAAAUUGUCAGUCAUACUUGUUGAGUUUUAGAUGUAGUAACAUCUUUUCAUAUAUUAAUAUUAAAAACAAAGUAACUGGAGGCCUCAUUUGGUAUCAGAGUACCCUAUCUUUGGUACAUACUGAUUGAUUCAGUAACAUUUGAACUCUUUAUAUUCAUGAUACAUAUAUAAACUCAUGAAGAUUAAGAUUUUAUAUUUAUUUAGAAAGUAAUUAUUAAGGUAAACCACAUCAAUGUUUGUCUUUCACUUUUGAACAUGUUUCUCUUUUCAGUACAUUUGAAUGUCAUUCUACUUGUAGUGAGAACUGGAUAUGUCUAAGCCCUAAUUCUGCAGUGUGCAAGCACUUUUUACCACUCUAGUAGUGGUUAUACUCUACUGUAUGUAAUUGAGAUUCAGUAGUGGUAUUAUUUAUGGUUUGUAUUUGAAUCUAAUAAUAAUUUUCAGGUAUCAUAAAAGGGUGUUGAAUUAUGAAAAUGAGAAACAUAAAUUUUAAAACUGGCCUGAUUUACCAUUUCCAUACUAAGAGAGAAAUAAUAAAAUGUCAGCAGCUAUUAUCUUUACCCUCAUGCCCUUUUCUUCCUUUAGAUUUUUGGUUAUAUCACAUACAUAAUUAAAAUAUCUUACAAAAUGAGUUUAACUUCAAUUUCCUCUCCCUUUUUUCCCUCCACUCCCAUAUCUGCCAAAGCAGGGCUGCAUUUCUGUUAUUAAGCAUUAACCAACAGCCCUUAGAUAGAACUUAAUUAUAAUUGUAGACAUUAGGAACAAACUGUUAGCAAAUUAAUAAUUACAUCCUCAAACUUUUUGAAAUUUAUCAGAUUAUUUUUUUCUUCUAAAUAUCUAGUGGCAUUAGUGAUCAAACCCUUAUCUUCUGUUUUUUGUACUAAAGUACCAUAGAUCAUGAAGAAUCGUAAUGCCAAAGUUAAAAAAUGAUCAAGAACAAUUUUUAAAAAUACAUAUAUUAAGAAGGGUGCUUUAGGACUUAAUGUAACAUUAAUUGUUUAAACUCAAAUAAAAUUGUUUGGUUGAGUAUAACUUGGGAAAUUUGUUUUCUUGUAGCAUCCCAUGUUCAAAUUGGUGUUGUUUUUCUUAUCCUGGAAUUGGCACUCAAUAGGCUAGGCCUUCUGUGACAUUCAUGCAGUAUUAUAAUACUGUUCCUUAAUUUUCUAGUUCUAUACAAAUUUUUAUUGCCCCUAUCUUUGAAAAUAAUGUGGCAAGGUAAAAUUCCAAAAGAGAAGCUUCCUGGUGACUUCCUUCCCCUUUUCCCCUCCCCUCAACCCAGUCUAGGUUAUAUUGUGAAGUUAAAGCUGGUUUAAAAAUAACAAAAUUGUCCAUUUUUGUAACAAGCAUUAAGAUAAAUGAAUAGGUAUAUAAAAACCGAAAAGUAACCUUUAAUUUGAGAAAAGUCAUUAUUAAUCUGUUUAAAGGAAAACAUUUUGUUAAAGUAACCUCUUAUAAUUCAAACUACAACCAAGUCUAUGAACAAAUGAUUAAUCUGGAACUGUUCAUCUGAGCAAAGUUUUAGUUUUAGGAUAUGAUUGGUUGUUUUCAGUUUCUAAGAAGUAUAUUGAUCAAUGCUUUUCCAAGUUAUAUACACAAGAGCUUUCUUCAGCUUUGUUAAAAAAUAGACGAAUGCCUGGCUUCUUAAUAUUUACUAAAAUUUUACCUUCCUUUUCCUUUCAAUAAGAUUUUGUGAGCAGUCUUGGUAAGAUUUCCCCCUCCCCCCCCCUAAAACUGCUAAAAGUUUUUCUUCCUAGUUAAAUGCAAAAUGAGAAAAAUUUCUUUUUAUACAAUGUCUUUUCAUCUUUAUAUCUUUAAAAGUGCUCCAUCUUAUUAUAAAUGAAGAAAACAAGAAAAGAUAAAAACACAUUUUAUUCUGGUGUCUACAUCCAGGGUUUGGGGUUUUUUUUUAAACCAUAUUUUUGUUUUUCUUUUACUCUUUUCCUGCUUAUCUAUGUCUUUAUAGCUAAUGUUAGGGAGAGACCUGAAAAAACAAUCAAGUUCAAAUGCUUGAUGUUUUAUGUUAAAGGUAAUAAGGCCAAGAUUAAAGUUUGUAAAACAAAUGUCAUGAAAUCCUAACUUGAACAAUGGUGUUCAGUCUCAUGAAAGUCCUUUUUAAACUGAUAUUAAUGGUAAUCAGUUUUGAGCAUUAAUAAUAAUUGAGGUUUGCUUGGGUUCUGAAUGUAUAAUGUCCAAGAAAGAACUUUUAGCUAUGUAUAUUUAUAUUUCUAAUGGAGAUUAGUUUAAAUCCGUAACUAACUGACAUUCCCACGUAAAAUUGUGAUUUAACUGUAGAGAUUUAGUUUAAACUACAGGAAUGGUUUUCACAAACAUUUUUUUUUCAAGUUUAUUUUACUAUUUGUUUUUUCCCCCUGGAACCAUUUGUACAUUUUUAUUAAUGUACAUUCUACCUAUGCUCAAAACAGUGUUUUUUAAAAGUUCAGAUAAGUGAUUUGAAACUAUACAGUGUCACUGUUGUGAUCUUUCUACAUACUUAAUAUGAGUAAACUUUUAAAAAUUUGACAAAAAUAGGUCAUUUUUAUUUGCCCUUCUUUAUUAGACAAUUUGUUGCCUUGCACUUCUUCAGUCUUUCUUUUCAUGGUAAUAUAAGUUGUGAUGCUAAUUUACUUAAAUAUCUUGUAGUUCAACCUUUUCUUAAAAUGUAAAACUCUCCCAUUGACCCUUUUGUUUUUAAAGAUGUGAUUAGAAAAAAUAACUGCUUUUAAAAAACAGUUUAAUUAAUAGAAUAUUAUUUUUUGAGAAAAUUUUCUAUUCCUUCUUCAUGCCCUGCACUUUGCUAGAGUUAAGAUAAUAAAUCGUGAAAUACUGACUGAGCCCUUCUCUAACCCACUUUAAACUUGUACCUUAUGAAGCAUUCUAGAAAGCAUGCUGUCCUGAUGUUAAAAGGCACAUUUACUAGUAUGUGAAGUAAUAAAGUAAAAAAACAAAUGGAAAGGUCUGUCUUAAAUGAAAGUAAAAGUUAGAAUGUUUUAUAAUAAAUUAUUUGAGAUAAAUACUGUCCUAGAAAUAUUAAAUAUUCUGUGGGCUCUUCAUUUUUAUAUAUGUAUAUGUGAAGUUAGGUCAUAACAUUUCAUUUUGUAUAAGCUAUCAAAUUUUUUUUGGAGAAUCCAUGAUUUGAAAGUCUCAAUUAAAAUAUAAAUGUAGGCCAAAAUGUAAAUUGUAGACAUCACUGAGAAUUAUUUGGCAAUCAGCAAUGAAAAUGCAUUGCUAAUGGCAGCUUUCUUAGGUCACUUAACUUAACCAUACAUUUAAAUCUUGUUUGCACAUUUAAUCAUUUUUAGAGAUCAUGAGCUUGAUUGUAUCUUUAGAUUAAACUUGGUUUGAAGGAGAGACCCCCCAAAAUUAAAGAACUUCCCCUUAAACAAAGUACUGAAAUUUAGUCAAACAGCCAAUAGAAUUUAACAUUAAGUAAUAGUAGAGUGAAGUAAUAGAUAAACUCCUGGAAGUCCAUUAUCCUAACAGUACUUUAAUAUAACUUAAAUAUUAAUAAUAUAAGCUAUAAUAAUAUUGAGAAAAUUUCAUUUUUUUACUUUUUAGUUUUGUUUCUUAUUGAUACUCUUGAAUUAUUUUAUACACCUUUGGGAAUAAUUAUAUUAAGUUGAAGAAUUCUAUUAAUCUCAUAUUACCAGUAUGCCAGUGAGGGGUGAGGUAUUUGCUUUCUAAAAGAAUGUUUCCAAUAAAGUAAAUUGGAGAAGUUAUUUUCUACCUAACCUGUAUGCACCAGGGCUCUUGGGCAUACAUUAUAGAAAUAUUUUGAGCUUUUAUGUACGUUUUGGGCUAGUAGUCUUAACAGCAACCCCAGGGUUGUUAUAAAAUUCUUAGACUAAUUUAAGGUUUGCCUUUUAUAACUGUUUUGAAAAGCCUUUACAUUUUUGUCAGGUAAUUUUCCCAAACUGUGGAUACAAUCUGUUCAGACAUAUAUGUAUAUGUUAUCCAUUCUGUUUUUAAAUUGAAAAAAAAUGUAAAAAGUGUGUAUAAAGAAAAUUGUAAAUAAAAUAUUUUUAAUCUUUAAAACUUA